GACUUCAGAGACCUGACCCCUACGAUGGCAUCCUCAACGUGGAGUGCCCCAGCGCCGCUGGCAACUUCGGCACCAAGGAAGGACUCCUCCAGGGAUGCUCGGCACCGCCAUGGUUCUUCAUGGGGCCCAUCUGAUGGUAGGCACCACUCCCACUCAGCAGUGCCUCAAAAGAAGAAAAAGCCGGACAACCGUUUUCCUCAGGCUAAGCCUCAAGAAGUGCGACCCCAGGCGGGCCGCUCCUUGGCAUCUCCUUCCGGGGCCGUGUCGACUCCUGUCCAGGUGAAGUUGUUGAGUGCAGCCCCACCUCGAUCACCAGUGCCUACGCAGCAACUUAAGCUCCCAUCCACACCGAAAGCGUACCAUGCUGCUAGAGAUUUCCUCCACCUGACAGCACUGUUCUCGCCUGCCAGGGGGGAAUCCUCAGUGCUAGCGGAGCCCUGUCCUCCGGUGCAUUCUAAGGAAAAGCCGGCUAUGUUGAGGCAUUCCCCUUCGCCUUGUCUGUUGGUGCCUACAUGGUCCAACAGAGAGCCUUCCCGCUCCCUGAGCUCUCAAUGUUCGAGGCACAGAGGAUCAGCUCCUCGAUGGUCUAUAGUGUCUGAGACUUCAGAGUCGGAGCCUGACUCCUAUCGCUCGAGUAGGAGCAGAAGCCGUAGAGCAAGGUCGGGCAGAGACAGAAGGGAGCAGCAGGCGUGGCCUCCGCAGUGGCAGAACCCGCUUCAGUGGCCCUUCUGGACUCCUUGGGCUUAUCACCAGGGCCCACGCUCAGUGACGUCUUCAGUGGCCUCUGUCACUUUCGUGCCACCUUCCGCAGUGCAUCCGUCCCCGGCGCCUACGGUCCCGACGCCUUUGCCUCCGGCACCGUCAUCGACUCAGGCACUGUGCUCAGCUCCGACUUUGGCACCAGCCUUCACUACCUCGAUGCAGGCACGUACGGCCCCAGUGCUGAUGUCGGCACCAGGCCCCCCAACCCCAGCGGUUCCUUUGAAUGUGCCAAAGCAGCUCCCUCUGGAGACACUGAUGCCGACGUUGGCUGCGGUGCCUACGGUCCCAGCACCGUCAUUGGCACCAUCUCCUCCAACGCGGCCCAGGAGUCACGUGAUCCAUCCAAGGCAGAUGGUAGGGAGCUUCCACUACCAGCACACGCUUCCUCCCGCUCAUUGCCAGAUGAGCCAUUGGCAGGGACGACCAUAGCUCCUGCAUUAGCAGAUAACAGAGUCCUAUAGCAGUUGCUAUGCAAGGCUGCCCAAGCUCUGGGCAUCAAGGCUGAGGAGGUCAUAGAGGACAUAGAUCCCAUGGUGGACAUCCUAGCACCCGUGGGGUCUUCACACGUUACCCCUUAUGAAGAUGGUGGUGGACACCACCAAGACCUUACAGCAGACACCGGCAUCCCUGCCACCCACUGCCAAACGUAAUGAGUGGCAGUAUUUCGUCUCCUUCAGAGGCUUUGAUCAUCUCAUCCACUUCCGGACUCGCUGGUCAUUGACACGGCUAACCAGCAGGAGAGACGAGGUUUUCAAGGUCCUUCCCCAAAGGAUAGGGAUGCUAAACACUUAGACCUCAUGGGUAGAAAAAUCUACUCCACUGGUGGUUUGCAACUCCCGUAUUGCUAACCAGCAGGCCAUUGUGAGCAGGUGCUCUUAUAACACCUGUGUUUAAGUGGCGAAGUUCACGAAGCUUGUCCCUUCAGACUCUCUAUCAGAGUUCACCACCUUGGUGGAAAAAGGGAAAUCAGUUUCCCAUGCUUCAUUGCAGAUAGCUUUAGACGCUGUGGAUGGUGCCAUAAGAGUCAUGGAGACGGCUGGCUAUGUGGCGGGGGGGGCUAGUUGCAAGUCUCAGGGUUACCCUACAAAGUCCAACAAACAAUUCAGGACCUCCCAUUUGAGGGUGAGAUUCUGUUUUCAGAGAAGAUGGACAAAUGGCUCCGCAGCCUAAAAGAUUCCUAAGCCACCCUCAGAUCCUUGGGCUUGCAUAUCCCUGCUGCAUAGCAGAGACACUUCUGCCCAAAACCUCCUCAAAGGUUCCAGCAGCAGAACCACCAGGACAAUUCUAGGAGGAGGAAACGGAGUGGUAGGAGAAGGCAACAUCCCUCUGCUAAUCAAGACCAGUCCAAACUGUCCUCUGGCCCUAAACCAGCCUUUUGAGGGCGCAGUCAAGGACGGCGCGCCAGACCAAAGACUGGAUCUACCCCGCCUUACCUUUUCCUCCCGACUGUCCCCUUUCUACCAUGCAUGGUCCCAUAUAACUUUGGACCGUUCGGUGCUUCGCACGGUAGAGAAGGGAUACUCUGUCCAAUUCUGUGCCCUCCUGUUCUUCCACCCCCCUUCCCUGUCCCUCUUCAGGGACCCUUCUCAUGAGCAACUUCUGAUUCAGAAGGAGGUUCCAC